GCUGUCAGUGGCAAUGAGGCUGUGUGUGUGUGUUUUUAUGUGUUUCUUAUUUUGCUCGCGAAAUUGGAUUACGGAGUAGAAAAAGGAAAGGAAUUCGAUAAUUGGAUUUUCUAGACGGACAGAUUUUUUACCAUGACCAGCGUACGAUACCAGCCCGUGUGAGAAUUCGUCGACGUUUGUUGUCCAGCAGCAAACAGCAGCUUGCAGUAGUCGGUGCUUCCUCGAGUUGUGCUCGGUUCGGUCCGUGUGUAGAGAACGCAAAUAGAAUAGAAUGUUUUGAACGAAAGCAAUCCGUUCUUCAAAAGGGUAAUGACGUGGUACUUGCUCUACCUCAACGGGCUCCGACAUCAGCGAUCAAGGCGAAUGAAAGCACUUCCCUAUGCAUGCACUAACAUUAGACCCGUCAGCAGAAGAUUGCAGCAGCAGCAACUUUCAAGAAUCAACGCGACGUCCCGCACUACCACCACUAUCAUCGCUACCAACACCACCAGCACCGGCACCGUCGGCGAUAUCGACAGCUGCAGCAAACAAUCCCAGUCACCAAACCAGCCACCAACUGCGACGUCAGCAGUUUCCAGGGCGCAAAGCACAACGCCACCGUGGCCUACUAGCCAGUACCAUUUCCGCAUCCCCAGAACGACAUGGCGAUGACACGGCGGAUGCGUGUACGGUGGCACUGGUAACGGGACGACCGCUAGCUGCAGCAAAAAAUGAUAACGUGGCAACGGUUCAACACGAACAACCGAGUGAUAACGGACAGUUGAACAGUGGAACGGUAGACGAAAAGACUCGUCGGUACAAUCGCAUCAGCAUGAUAAUCAUUUACGGGCGCGAGGUGCUCUGCAUACUGGCCCUUAUUCUAACCACGUACGCGACGAUACAGAACAGUCCGCCGAAAAUAUCGAAGGCACCGCCACCGGUUCCAUUCUUCUCGAAGGGUUCGCUAGUGAACGAUUGGCCAACCGGUGCACUAGGGACGACACAGACGCGCGUUUCCGUAUCGGAACUUUCGCUUGUCCUGUACUAUGCACCGUGGUGUGCGGAAAGCCAAUAUGCGCGACACGCGUACGAGCACGUAGCACAGUUGUACUACCGCGAGGCACACUUUGCCGCCAUUAACUGCUGGCAACCGGGUGGAGAAUGUCGCGCGCGAUACACAAAGGUCCAAUCGUGGCCCGUGCUGAUGGCGUAUCAACCAAGCGGCUUGGCUGUACAGUAUCAUCAAGCAUGGACUACGGCCGCUCUCUCCCGGUUUAUGCAAUCACUAAUGCUCCCAUUGUAUCGUUUCGGCAGUCCCGGCGAUCUAAUGGAUCAUAUGACCGGGAAGGAUGCUGUAUUGGUCGUAUUUCUGGAUGUGGCUAAGGAUAGCAAACUUUACCAGCGUUACUAUCAAGCCUCAUUAAAAUGGCUUGAGAAGGAUCCGUUCCAGGAAGUAUCGUUUGGAGUCGUAACGGGCCAGUCUUCCAAAUUGUUUGGCGUUGAAACGGUCCCCUCGAUCCGAUUGUACCUGUGGAAUGAAACAAUUGAAUAUGAAGGAAAUAGUCCCUGGACACCGCAGGAUCUUAUCGCUUGGGUUCAUAAACAUCUGCACGUAGUGUCAAUGUGGAUUGCACCACCGGGGAACGUAAAAUCUACCACACUUGCUUCUUACUUACGGCAAGGUCCAGCGCUGAUACUACUAUCUCCUCGUCCACUGUACGAGGACAGUUCCGACGCGUACAUGAUGCUGAGGCAGCUUAGUAUGCAGUACUACAACUGUCCGGGUGAUGCAUGGAUAUUGGAAAUGGCACGUGAAUACAUCGCAGAGCAGCGAACGGCUAACGCAGCACGAUACGUCGAAAAGCGUGAACACUGUGUGCGAGUACUGGGACGUCAUCCUUCUCAGGAGGAGGAAGACGACGAAGGUCCUACGAGUAGCCAUCGAUACCGUCGCAACAGGUGCAAGGACGGGUUCAAAUCGACCGUAUCGGUAUCGUUCGUGAAUGUCCUCAACUCUUCAAAGUUUGUCGACGGUAAACCAGUGGAUGGAAAACCAUCAGCAGAGGAAUACUGUGACAUUGCGCCGGCUGUAGGAUGCGGAAAGCACGAAUGCGGCGCAUUUGGACCGGAGAGGUCGCGUAAGCGUAGCCUGCUUUGGCAAACAGAUAGCUGUUCGUCGAGGCGGUAUAAUGAGGCGAACACAAACUAUGAACAAGCGCAUUCAAUCGUUACAUCCAUGAUCGAUUCCGAGCACGACUAUCGUGGGCCAAAAUUGCUUGCGAGACAAAAUCUGCGUCAACAGUGCGAACUGUUACAGCUAGCGGAAGUGGAAACGUCGAACGUUUUCUUCAGUGAACUGGAACGGCAUAAGGAAUCGGUGGAUUAUUACUCCGCCAUAGGUGGAUUAUCUUGUAAGCACAACAAAACGCUUACCUUCAUCAGUAUGGAUAGCACGCUGUAUCAUGCGUUCGGCGAACGGCUAGGAGUGGAUGUUUUGCAGGAACCUAAUCGUACCGUUGCAUUUAUCGUCGAUCAUACCGAUGAGUCGGCGUAUGUUUUGCGUGAUCCAAUUAAUCUUCAUACGUUGUCGAAAUUCGUGCACGAUUACUACAACCGAUCUCUGGCACGCUUUCUGCGAUCGAAGAAAACGACCUAUGAGCACAGUCACGCGUUUAAUGCUGUAAAGUUUGUAGAACAAGAUCAGUUAUAUCUCGACCGCCAUCGAACGGUACUGGAUGUGGCCGAAGCAAAAGCCAAAGCGGAACAGGCAUCUCAACAGCAGGCGAAAACAGUGACAGAAAAGCGAACAAACAGUGAAACAGCAAAUACAUCCGACUCGAAACACCCAGUAGUGCCACCUAGUGGGCCCGAGGAACCGGAACGAGUUCGUGUUCCGCGCACCUAUCAUCGUGUGAGAGAAAUUUACUCGAGCAAUUUCCAACGCACCGUACUCGACUCGAACCGCACCGUGGUGGUUAGCUUCUACUCAGCCCAGUGUGCCUUCUGCUACAUACAAGCGCACCAUCUGCUCACCGUGUCACGCAUGUUGCGCCAUCAGCCGAACGUUUGGUUUGUUCGAAUAGAUGGUGAAUUGAACGAUCUGCCCUGGGAGUACACGAUGGAUGUGUUUCCAUCGCUUUUAAUUUUUCCAAAUGGAAGAAAAGCGGAAAGUCGCAUCUUUCCCGAAUCGUUGAAAAUCAACGUACCGAACAUAAUCGGAUUUAUCCUUUCCAACCUAUCUCCGGCCGAACGAUUGCAUGCCAACUUUUUGCUUUGUUCCGAUGUGAAUAAUGCAUCGCUCAACGAUUGCCUGCAUAUGCUCAAGCGGGAACUUACCGACAGCAUUCGGUUGAGUUUGCUCGAAUGGCGUCGUCACACAGCAAACACAUGCGAACGCGAUCGAAUCGUGCGCCGGUUGCAGCUGUUGAAGCAAUCGUAUCUGGGCACCCUGCGCUGUCUUAGUCAUUCCUGUGAUCUUACACAACUGGUAAACGUUAGGAAGCGUAUCCUUGACCUGUGGACGGGAGAACACUGCCGCAGCAGGGAAGGAUCGCUGUGAUCGUUACUUCUCGCCAAACGGGCAAUGGGAAAACGAGCCGAAAUAGGGCUGUUUGUUGAGGUGUUAUUUGGCUUUUGUUUACGUUGUUAAUAUUAUUUUCCUUAUGUAGAGUAUUAUUUUACCGCGCUUAGCCAAACCCAACCACCAUCGUGCGUGUGAGCAUUUCCUAAAAAGGGGUUUUUUUGUUUGAAUUUGUCAAUAUGGUCUUAAAUUGAAUUCUUGGCUUGUUUGAGCGAUAAACAUUGCAUGUAAACUAUUCUCAUAUUUAAUUCAAUGUUUUAAAACAGAUCAGUUACGAACGACUCAUUUUGAUGGUUAACUUUAACAAAUUUUGGAAGCAGCUUUUGGAAAUUUGUAAUUUAAAAUAUUUUGCCUUUCCUUUUGCAUUACAAAAUAAAAGAAAAAUAAUAUGUGAUCAUCUAAAACUAGAGUGGAUCUACAACUUAGGUAAAAACUACAAGAAUUUGCUAAUUUUCUCAAUUGCCUGCUGGGAUAAAAAUUACAUAUGGGAGAUCCUUAGAAUUAUUUACGUAUCG